UAUUACAUAAUGAAGAAUUACUCUCAAGAAUGACUGAUUUUUUUAGGGUCUGCAGCAACCAACGAUUGCGCAUCUGGAUUUGGCCGAGCCGCUCCCACUAGCUAGCGGACAGGCUAGCAGAGCAGAAUGUUGUAGCGCUCUCCUCUGCAGUGAAUCCGAUUUAGCUUAGCUACCCUUUCGUAAACUGUAUGUGUGAUAUUUUAAUGCAAUACCACAGAUGUGGAGUAUCGUCCUUUCACCUUAUGUUUGUGUUGUAUGAUUUCUGGAGUCUUAAUGUUUGCGAGCUACUUCCCUUUGCAAAUGGGGCUAUCACUUGUUAGCAAAAUCAGCAUAAGAAUUUUUUCAGUGGCUUUUCUUGAGUCUGGCAAUUUGUAGUAAUCCUUGUAAUCUGAUUAAGCCUGAUUGGUUGUUACUGCAGGGUGAAUGUCAUUGCAGUUGACAUAUGACUCAUAGCACUUUAAAUUGGACCCUUUCAGUGGCAUAAAACUGCACAGCGAGACCUGAGAACAACUAGGGGGACUAGGAUUGCGCUUUGAUGUUCAUAAGACAUUCCCUUGUAUCCAGUUAGCAUAGUUUAGUUGUUAUAUGUGGUCGAUAAACUUAACAUAAGACAUAUAUGGUCUUCAUAUAUGCUGCAAAUGUUUUAAGGCCUGUUAUUAGGAGACCAACAUCCACCUUGCUCUUUCCCUUUCCAUCUUUCAGGCAGUGCCAGUGAUGGCCUCCCCCCUCCCUGUCUCCUUUAUCCUGGUGGUUCUCCUGUUGGUCAAGUCACCUGUGUGCCAGGCAGGGGACUGCAGGGGCCACAGGCAGGUUUUGAGGGGACCACGUGGCUAUGUGACAAGUGGAGGAGGAGGAAACUACUCUGCCAAUGGGAAUUGCGAGUGGCUCAUCAAAGCUCCCACCAACAGUCACCGCAUUGUCUUGGAUUUCACCUUCAUGAACACAGAGUGUACUUAUGACUACCUUUUUGUGUAUGAUGGGGACUCCUACCAAAGCCCCCUGCUAGCCAGUCUGAGUGGUAGCAUGGCACCCCAGCCCAUUGAAGCAAAGUCUGGCAAGAUGCUGCUUCAUUUCUUCAGUGACAGUAAUUACAACCUCCUGGGUUUCUUUGCAUUUUACACCAUCUCUUUGUGCCCUGGAGCGUGUGGCGGUCAUGGUCGUUGUGAUUCCUCUACAUCAAAGUGCCAUUGUCACCAGGGUUGGGGUGGGCCCUCGUGUACAACUCCUCUGUGCACUCAAGCUUGUUCUGUGAACGGCCAGUGUGACAAGAAAGGAGAGCGUUGUCUGUGUAAGCCAGGCUUUGUGGGUCAAAACUGCCAGCUUGGUCUCUAUAAUGACAGCGGUGCAGGGAAGUGGUGGCGUGUGAGUGAAGAAAACCCCUACACACCUCCCAGGACAGGUUCUGCAGGCGUGUACCUCUCCUCCACAGGAGCCAUGUACCUGUUUGGCGGAUUUGAUCUGAACAGAGCUCUUGGUGACUUGAUCAAAUACAAUUUUACAUCCAACCAAUGGGAAAGCAGGUCUUAUGGUCAUUCACCUGUAACAACUGGCCCAAGAGAGCGAGCUUUCCAUUCAGCCACUGUCAUCGGAAACUACAUGGUUGUCUACGGAGGAAAUGUGCACAUUCAUUUCCAUGAGGAAAAGUGCUAUGAUGAGGAAAUCUUUUUCUACCAUCUGGGUUGUCACCAGUGGGUCUCGGCAAAGGAGAAACUCAGUGGUGAUGCUGUGAGGGGGCGUUACUCACAUGUUGCUGCAGUGAUGGAGGGACGAGUGUUGCUGGUUGCUGGAGGUUACAGUGGCAUUGCGCGUGGAGACCUUGUGGCUUACAAAGUUCCCCUUUUUGUCAGUAGCGACCAAGGUGACAGGGAUGCUGUUUGUGCUGAGGCAGUAGAUGAAAAUAUGUGCCUGAAGAACCCAGAGUGCAGCUGGUGUGAAGGCCGCUGUCGAGAGUACCAGCCCACUAACCCGUGUGGAAGUACUGGUUGCUUGGGCCUUGCUCGCUUCCUGUCUGACUGCCAGUCCUGUCUGGUGUUCAGUGGCACUCCAGCUUCUCUGGCCCGUGCCCCUGGUGAAUUUGGCUGGUGUGUUCAGAAUGAGUCUUGCCUACCAGUGUCAGAGCGAAGUGCGUGCCGUGUGGACCAGAUCUCAGGGGCGUACGGCUGGUGGGGGGAGCGUACCCUUUUCCUAACCUCCCUCCACUCCUGUCGCACCGAGAACUAUGUCCCGGGACUGCACCUGCUCACCUUCCAGCACCCCCGCAACGACUCCCAGCCUGACCAG